UGUGAGGAGGCUGUGCUGGCAGGAUUCUGUCGCCUCUUUGGGAAGGAUGAGCUCAUGCAGCAGCAGGGCUCUUACUCUGCUCUCCACUGUGUUUGGGGCGUGCGGACUGCUGUUGGUGGGGGUUGCCGUGGCAACCGAUUAUUGGCUGCUAAUGGAGGAAGGCAUCGUGCUGCAGCAGAACCAAACCAUGGACGUCAAGAUGGCGCUGCACUCCGGCCUCUGGAGGGUGUGCUUCAUCGCAGGUUCAAAGAAAGGAAAAUGUGUGGCCUCUGAGUAUUUCACAGAGCCAGAUUUAGAGAUCAUAACAGAAAACACUGCAAAUAUUCUCAAAAUGGUGCGGACGGCUACUCCUUUCCCCAUGGUGUCUUUGCUCUUUGUGUUCACUGCCUUCAUCCUUAGCAACGUGGGCCAUAUUCGACCCCAGCGCACCAUCCUGGCAUUUGUUUCUGGAAUCUUCUUCAUCCUGUCAGGGCUAAGUCUGGUAGUGGGAUUGGUGCUCUAUAUCUCCAGUAUAAACGAUGAGGUGAUGAACAGGCCCAGAGAACCGGAGCACUUCUUCAACUAUCACUACGGCUGGUCCUUUGCUUUUGCCGCCAGCUCUUUCCUCCUCAAAGAGGGUGCGGGCGUGAUGUCUGUGUAUCUCUUCAUGAAGCGUUACACCGAAGAGGAGAUGUACAGGCCUCACCCGGCGCUCUACCGCCCCCGUCUGUCUGAAAGCAGCGACUACAGCGGUCAAUUCCUGCAGCCUGACACCUGGCCACCUCACCAGCGUGCCCGGAGUGCCUCUGAGCUCUCCAGUGACGUCUCCAUUCAGCUUGCACAGGCCCAGCAGCCUCCGGCCAAACUCAUCGCCCAGCACAGCGUGACUGCCCCCAGCGCCACCGCUGUCUCCAGCCCUGAGUCUGCUGCUGCAUUCCAGCUUCAGUCGCCCUCGCACUUUAGCCACAACCACCCUCUCCACCCCACAGAGUCCCAGCCCCUUCCCCUGUCCAUGCCACCACCUGCCGUGCCACCCCCCCAUUACCACACACAUAUGCGCAUGAGCGCCUCGCCAUGUUAGGACGGGUUUCCAUUCAUCUGUAUUUUUACAAAUUUUGAAUUUGAGCGUAAAUGGAAACAAAACACUGAUUUGCAUUUUCUUUUGCUGACAUUUUGCAAAUUUGCGUAACAUUUGAAUGGAAACAGACCGAGAGAGAGAGAGAGAGAGAUAGAGAGAAAGAGCUAAUGAUGAUGAUGACGAUAAUGAUGAUGAUGCGGAGAGAUUAUAUACAGUGUGUAAUGGGUUUGAGGGCGUGUACAAGAGAAAACCUGGUCUUGAGAGUAGUGUGAAAUAAGCUAGGUUAAGAGUUAUGUAUCUUAAACAGCAUUAAGAUAUGGAUGUUGUAAUGGAAUAGUGAACAUUUCAUUAUGUGGCAUUAAACAGAGAGAUUUAUUGCACAGGCAAUGUACACUUCCAUUAUAAAACACACUGUUGUAUAAUUACAUAUGUAGUGCACAAAAAACUGUAACUAUUGCCUUUAUUUCUACUAGUGAUAUUUAAAUUUUAUUAUUUUCAUCACUUUCUCAAAGCAUCAGUAUUAGUGUUAUUAUCAUAAAAAAAAAUCCUAUUUAAGCUUACUCGUUGCCAGGGGACAUAUGUACAAUAGGUAUAUUAUUUCUACUUUGAAUAUGAGAUAUUUCAGACUGAUGAUUUUUAUGAUGUAAAUAAUAUGUGUAAUUUUAACUGGUAUGGGAAAAUAUUAAGACCUGCACAGCUGAGAGGGGAUCUGUUAUACGCAUUUAAAAAUUAAACUGACUGAAAAAUAACAUUGCUUAAAGUCCCAGUAAGAGCUUUUGAGUAGUUGUUCUUUUGCUGGUUUUAUAAGUUUUAGUUUGAACCUUUUCCCACCAUUUUAAAGGAGCUUAGUAGUGCAAACCAUUUUACAUUCAAAUGGAUUUAAUAAUUCUUGUCCUUUAAUAUAAACAUCCCAUUCUAACACGUCAGUAUUUGUGCACUUUAACUUAAAAUCCUACUUGGGACUUUAGGGUGUAGGGUUAUAUUGCAAAUAUGCUGUCGCUUAUUGUGUGAAAGCGAUUCAAUAUUGAUUAUCACAUCUGUAGGAGUAAUGGUGGUUAUCAUUAGAAUAAAACCACUAUGUUGAUUCUGAAUAAUUAUUUUUUUUCUAUUUUUACUAUCACAAACACAAAUGUGUUUAUUUAGUAAGAACAGUCUGAUUACAGUAUUGACUAUGGACUAACAAGUCUUAUUAAUGUUCCUAUAUGGAUUUUUGUUGUUGUUGUUGUUAACUAAUGAAUCAUAUAUUUACAACUGCAUUAUUUAUACAUUUUAAAGCAGCAGCCUUCGGGAAUUAAGAGAUUUAAAGACACUCGGUGGAAAUGUCAACAGGGCUCACUUUAAGCGAAUGGCAAAUCAUUACACUUCAUGGCCCAUUCACAUAUUGAAGGCAGUAAAUGUCAAAUUAAAUGUCUUCUG